AUGGAGUACGGCACUGUGCGGAAGGGAGUGAUUGGACGGGCUAGUCGGAUUGCGACCGCUUCAGCUGUUGACCGGAUUCAUAUACCAGUAAACCGAGAGACGAAAUGGGAAGCUGAAUUUGUGAAGAGAAGGAUUCUGUGGACAGCGGAGGCCGUCGAAUUCGCUCAACCUAACGUCCCGUUGUUUGCUCAUAAACGGUCUGCAGUUUACGUCUGCUAUUCAUUCAUGCAUGUUAAGACCGGUCAGCUAUUGUUACCAUUGCUAUAUCUCGAAGAGGAACUCAGCGGCGGUGGCCUCAUGACCUGGUUUGGCCCUAUCUGGGCCUGUUCGCAGUAG